AUGCAAGAUUCCAUGAUGGAGGCAACUAUGGAAAUUACACUUUUUGAUGAUCCCUUGAUUAUUGAAGUUAAACAAGGAAUAAAGCAGGGGAACAUUUGUUCACUGAAGUUGUUUGCCAGCAUCCUGGAUAAUGUCCUGCAGAUGGUCAAAGUGAAAGAUGGAUUUCUGAUAGGUGACGAGAUUCUUCAGCUGCUCCUUUUCACAGAUGACAUUGUCCUAAUGGCGUUGAAAUCUGAAACAUUGCAAACCUUCUUCAGUGACAUCAGCAAGAAUGUGAAGGAGAUUGGCCUGAAAAUCCACAGUGGAAAAACAAAGUGGAUGAAAAACGCAUAUUGUCCAGAGUACGUCAUGCAGCUGGAUGGACAGUCCAUCAAGUUAGUGGAUCAAUAUGUAUAUCUUGGACAAGCAUUGCAGAUGGACAAUGAGUUGGGCCUGGAGUUGAGCAGCAGGAGGAGGAGGUUUUGGCGGGAAAAGGGUAACACAGGGAGAAGAAGGAAAACAAGAUGGAAUCUAAAGAGGCUCCAUCUUGAACAUAAUAGCUUUAAAUGUCUUUUCCCUGGCAACACAGGACUCUGUAAGGAUCAGACGUUCUCAACACAAACUCCUGCUUUCCUCCCCUGCCCGCAACCCAGCCAGCCAAAGAGGACUGCCACCUGGACUGCAGCAACGGAAACCGUAGUGAUUCUGUUGCUCACUGCCCUGGCUCCACCAGCUAUCUGGCACAAAUCUGCAGGCGAAAAUGAACUAUCCAGUGCAAAUCCUGUGUAUGAGAAGUAUUAUCGACAGGUUGAUUCUAGUAACACUGGAAGAGUGGUGGCUUCUGAUGCUGCUGCUUUCUUGAAAAAAUCUGGGCUGACAGACUUGAUACUUGGAAAGAUUUGGGAUUUAGCUGAUACAGAUGGCAAAGGUAUCCUGAACAAACAGGAAUUUUUUGUGGCUUUGCGACUAGUGGCCUGUGCACAGAAUGGAUUGGAUGUUUCCCUGAGUAGUCUUAAUCUGCCUGUUCCACCACCUAGAUUUAAUGAUACCAGUAGCCCGUUACUAAUUAGUGGAACAGCAUCAGCCGACAUCCCAUGGGCUGUGAAGCCGGAAGAAAAGGCCAAAUAUGAUGCUAUCUUCGACAGUCUGAAUCCUGUGAAUGGAUUGUUGUCAGGUGAUAAGGUGAAACCUGUACUGUUAAACUCCAAACUGCCAGUGGAUGUCCUGGGAAGAGUUUGGGAACUAAGUGAUAUUGACCGUGAUGGAAUGUUGGAUCAAGAUGAAUUUGCAGUUGCCAUGUUCUUGGUGUACUGUGCUUUGGAGAAGGAACCAGUGCCAAUGUCAUUGCCUUCAGUUUUGGUGCCACUUUCUAAGAGAAAAACUGUCAGUAUUUCAGGAGCAGCACAGUUGAUCUCAUCCGCAACAUUUCCUAAAGAUUCUCAUCAGUCCUUGUCUCCUGUAAACAUUUUACCUGCCAAAGUACCACUAACACAGUGGGUUGUAUCACCUGCUGACAAAAUCAAAUAUGAUGAAAUUUUCCUGAAAACUGACAAAGACAUGGAUGGUUUUGUCUCUGGGGUGGAAGCCAGAGAGUUAUUCUUAAAGACAGGACUGCCUUCUGCCUUAUUAGCACACAUCUGGGCCCUUUGUGACACAAAGGACUGUGGAAAGCUUUCAAAAGAACAAUUUGCCUUGGCUUUCCAUUUAAUCAAUCAGAAAUUAACAAAGGGCAUUGAUCCUCCUCAGGUUCUGACUGCAGAAAUGAUCCCUCCAUCAGACAGGGCCAGCUUACAAAAGAGCGCUGUAGGAUUGACUCCAGUGGCAGAUUUUUCUGCAAUUAAAGAGCUUGAUACUUUAAACAAUGAGAUAGUUGAUCUGCAGAGGGAAAAGAAUAAUGUGGAACAGGAACUCAAGGAGAAAGAAGAUACUAUCAAACUGAGGACAAGUGAGAUCCAGGAUCUUCAAUGUGAAGUGAAGAGGGAGAGCAGUAAUCUACAAAAGCUGCAAGCUCAGAAACAGGAAGCACAGGAAAUCCUUAAUGGCCUUGAUGAGCAAAAAGCCACCUUAGAGGAGCAACUUAAUGAGAUCAGGCAGAAAUGUGCUGAAGAGGCCCACGUGAUUGUGUCACUGAAGGCUGAAGUAACAAGUCAGGAAUCCAAGAUCUCAACAUAUGAGGAGGAACUGAUCAAAGCUCAAGAGGAGCUGAGUCGCCUGCAGCAAGAAACUGCUGAGCUAGAACAAUGUGUGGAGUUGGGGAAAGCACAGCUGGGAUCUCUUCAGCAGCAUCUGCAGAAUACACAACAGGAAAUCAAUUCAAUGGAAACAAAAGUGUUUGAGCUAAAAGAGUUGGAAAAUAAUCAAUUGAACUGGCACUCUCACCCACACAACAUACUUGUUAAUGGAACUGCUGAUCAUUCUAGCCUUAGCAACAGCAGCAGUGAAGCUGCUAACCUUAAUGAGCACGACUCUUCAGUAAGGAAUAGUCCCGAAACAACACGUGCAGCAACUGGAGAAGAUAAAGAGACCCUGACUGCAAGUGUUAACAAAAAAGAAGAUCCAUUUGAUGCAGAAUCUGAUCCUCUACCUAUCCAAGUUACAGAAGCCAAUUUAGAUUUCUUCCAGUCUGACCCCUUUGUUGGAAGUGAUCCUUUCAAGGAUGACCCUUUUGGGAAAGUUGAUCCCUUUGAUGGUGAUCCAUUCAAAGAUUCAGAUCCUUUUGCAGCUGACUGUUUUUUCAAACAAUCCUCCACUGAUCCUUUUGUGACUGCAGACACUGACCCUUUCACCACGGCAGACAAUAGCAAUAAUCACACAACAGAAACACUGAAGAACAAUGAUCCUUUUGCUCCUGGUGGAACAGCUAUUCUUGCAACAGAUGAUAUAGCUACAGAUCCUUUUUCUUCUCUAUUUGGAAACGAGUCAUUUGGAUGCAGUUUUGCUGACUUUAGCACACUGUCAAAGGCCAACAAUGAAGAUCCUUUUAUUUCCUCCACAUCAGGCUCUGUAAACAAUGUGGUCAUAACUAAAAAUAUAUUUGAAGAGCCACCAGCUAAAAAUGAGGAUAUUCCUCCCGCUUUGCCCCCCAAGACUGCAACUCCUUCAAGACCCUGCCCUCCACCACCUGGGAAAAGACCUAACAACAAACUGGAUUCUUCAGAUUCCUUUAAACAGAAUGAUCCGUUUCAGCCUUUCCCAGGCUGUGAUGUUACCAAAGAACAAGAAGCUGAUCUAUUUUGUGACCCAUUUGCUCCCAGCAAUAUUGGUAAAGACACAGACACUAGCAAUUUUGCAAACUUCAGUGCAUAUCCUACUGAAGAAGAUAUGAUUGAAUGGGCUAAGAGGGAAAGUGAGAGAGAAGAAAAAGAGAGACUUGCAAGAUUAAAACAACAAGAGCAAGAAGACUUGGAGCUGGCUAUUGCACUCAGUAAAUCUGAAAUAUCAGAAGCAUGAAGCUUAGAACAACAUUGUCUUAUGUCAACUGUUUUGUCCCUUUUUCCUGAAAAAUUAACCUAUUUGAAAUGUUAAUCAGAAGCUACCUAUGAACAGCAAAAUAUGAAAGGUUUUAAAUUCCCGCAGUUGUGAUUGAAUAAUCACCUUUAUAUUUCUCCCAUUUUGAUAUGCAAGUUUCCUAAAUUUUUUCACUAAGCUUAUCAGUUAACAGAAUGCUGCUUCCAUGAGUUUUCUCCUAGAACUUUUAGUCUGUGUAAUUUUUCUUCUGUAAACCCAUGACAUCAAAGUGUCUUUAUGUAAUAUAGAAAGAUUAGGUAGAUUUAAUCUCCUUAAGGAAAGUGGUUAUCGUUCUGGUGAUAUGUGAAGAUAUCUUUAUGAACCCUUGUAAUUAUGGAAGACCAACGUUGAGACAUCAGACAAGCAAAAUAUUGUCUCAAUCAUGUUCCUUUGGAAAGUAUGUUGUUGAAAGGGGUAUAAUAUUAAAGAUGAAGGUGAAAGCCUGCAUUUUAUAUUUUGUACCAUGGUGUACAGAGCUGAGUAAUUAAAAAAAAAUUAACAAAGAACAGAUUAGCUUCUGUGCAGAUUGUGUGCAGUCUCAUAAAAAGGCCAGAUCCUUCUACUAUCUGUUUAUGGUAUAGAAGGUGUGUGGACAUUUCUGCUGAAUUCCAUCUUUAGUUAUUUUUAGAUUUGAAUAUUCCAUUAAUUUUAGCAUAUACUCUCUCAGAAAACAUAUUUCAGGAAAGUAAAGCAUAUUUCCUACCUGUAAAUAAAUCAGUGUAUAAUGCAAGCAAUGAGAGUAAAGUUUAAGUAUAAUCUGUGAGCAAGUAUAAUUGAGCAGAAGAUGAACAUGGCAGUUACUCUGCCUUCCUGACCCCCUUCCAGCCAGGUUGUUACAGUUGUUUGAAAUCUUUUGUACUUUUUCAGAGCAGACUUCAGUAAUGCUGGAACUGUCGAGUGCUUUAUUUUAUAUUAUUGUUAAUGAAGGUUUUACUGCUGGACUUGAAAUUAAGAGUACAAGUGGGAAAGAUUGAAACUUUAAUUGCUUUUUUGCAUGGUUAUAAGGUUGGGAGGCUUGAAGCAAGAUUUUUUUUGUAACAUCGAAAAACUAAAUGGAUAAUUAACAUGAAUUCACUGUUGGCCAAAAUGACUCAAAAAAAUGGAAGCCCCACUUCUAGUUGAGCCAGUAUACGUCUAAGCUGGCAAUGUGGUAAAUUUGAAUUUGAAGUAGGAUAGAGAAGUAGGACAAAUAAAGGCAUAGUUUAACUUUAUACAACAGUCUUUUUCUAUACAUUUAAUUUAUUGAAUGUCAACUGAUAGUUGCACCUUAUUAAGAAAAACUGAUUUAUAAUUCUUUAUGGUCACUGAGUCAAAGUAGGUUGAUAAAAUGUUAAUGAAAGUAAUUUAUUGCCUGUUGUAUAAAUGUAAGAAUGUCAGAUCCAUUUGUGUCAUUCCAAAUGAUGCUUUUUUGAUCCUGUGUACACACACACACACACACACACACACACACACACACACACACACAAUUGGACUGCAGCAAUAUAUAUCUGAUGUUCUUCCUUGCACUUUUUAUUUUGGUGUAUUUAUCCUGAGAUUAGAAGUGUUUCAAGACAAAAAUAAUCACAAAACUUGUGUGAAGCAAGGAAUGAUUCAUUAGCCACACUUUUAGUUUGUUUUAAAAGUUCCAGUUAGCUAGGGUCACUGCUGCAAGCGAUUUUGAAGAAGGCAAUUUUCAUUCUUUCAGGAAAAUGGGUAACUUGACUUGGACAGCUUUUCUUUUGCACUGGGAAAAGAGCAUUUGCAACAUCCGCUCAAAAAAGCAACUUAAAGAAACCUCAUGCAAGUAUUAAAUAUCUAUAACUUAUGUAUACAACCUUUGUAAUAAGUGUACACUAAUCUUGCAUAUUGUAUGCUUAACUGGACUACAGAUUCUUAUCUUUUGUUAAAAAUGUAUACUCAGUGGACCAAUACAAUAUUAUAUGUAUAUAUUAUAUAUAUUCAUGCUUUCCUGUGUGGAAUUUAAAGUUUUGAGUCAUUUGAUGUUACAUUUCAUGUUACUGACUCUGAGUAGUUAAGAUUACCAAUAAACCACUGCUGUGAGCUAAAUGGCAUUACUUAUUAAUUUUAACUGGCUCUUGAAAACUUGGCCACAUGGGGUUAGCCUUUAUUUAUAGACUCUACAUUUGUUUAAAAGUCUAACAGUAGCCUGUAAUUAUGAAGAAAUAAAGUUUAAAGAAAUAAA